GACCUUUGAAACCAGAAAUUACCAUAACUUACAUUGCUGUUUCAGCUAUAUUCUUUAACAGUGGACUCUCCUUAAAAACUGAGGAGCUGACAAGUGCUUUGAUGCAUGUGAAACUACACCUUUUUGUCCAGAUUUUUACACUUGUGUUCUUCCCAACAGCAAUAUGGCUCUUUCUUCAGCUAUUAUCAAUCACACCUAUAAAUGAAUGGCUUUUAAAAGGCUUGCAGACAGUAGGCUGCAUGCCACCUCCUGUGUCUUCUGCAGUAAUUUUAACCAAAGCUGUUGGUGGAAAUGAGGCAGCUGCUAUAUUUAAUUCUGCUUUUGGAAGUUUUUUGCUUGGAUCAUCCUCCUCUGUGCCUUUCACAUCUAUAUUCUCGCAGCUGUUUAUGACUGUUGUAGUCCCCCUUAUUAUUGGACAGAUUGUCCGAAGAUACAUCAAGGACUGGCUUGAAAGGAAGAAGCCUCCUUUUGGCGCUAUCAGCAGCUGUGUGCUCCUGAUGAUCAUCUACACAACGUUCUGUGAUACUUUCGCCAAUCCUAAUAUUGAUCUUGAUAAAUUUAGCUUGAUUAUAAUAGUAUUCAUAAUAUUUUCUGUUCAGAUGAGCUUCAUGUUUUUGACUUUCCUCUUCUCUACAAGGAAUAACUCUAGUUUCACACCAGCAGACACAGUGGCUAUCAUUUUCUGUUCCACACACAAAUCCCUCACCCUGGGGAUUCCAAUGCUGAAGAUAGUAUUUGCGGGUUAUGAGCACCUGUCCUUAAUUUCUGUCCCCUUACUCAUCUAUCAUCCUGCUCAGAUUCUUCUUGGCAGUCUGUUGGUACCAACAAUAAAAUCUUGGAUGGUUUCUAGGCAAAAGGCGCUGAAGUUAACCAAGCAGCCUAAAGCACCCGUGAAGGUAUAACCUAUGGAGAUGGCCUGUGUCACAGUGAAUGUAUAUAUGUACUAUACUGUACACACAGACAAUUGAGACAUCUGGGUAUUUGUGAAUGUUGCUUCGGUGCAUAUUUUAUUUUUUUAUAUAUAUAUACAUAUAAAAAAAAGAUACCGGUUAAGUGCCUUACAGAUGCAUUUUUGGCAAAAGCAUUGUUUCCAGAACCUACUUUGUUGGUUACUGCAAGAGGUUGUACAGUAUUUUGGAGUCAGUUUUUAUUUUUCUAACUGAGUGAAUGGUCAUGACUAACAGCUGUUUCUUCCAUUGCCCCUGCUUUGAAGCCAGGGUGCACCAGCUGUAAGUCUCUGUUUUAAACUAGCCAAAAUCCCCAGAAGCUUAUCCCACUGCUGGCUUACCCUGGGGAAGAGCUUUCUGAAGGGUUUUUUUUUUGAGAUUGACUUGAAUUUCUGUGUGACUCUGUUACACUUCCUAGUCAUAUGACUGUGACAUGCCUUUUUCUUCUGAGUUUGUGUAUACUCAGCAUGGGGCCAUCCAUUGGAUAGAAGCUGAGAAGCAUGAAUUAUUUGCAUUUGUUGACACAGUUGUCUAGACAUUCCUUCAAAGCUAAUGGUUUCUCAAGAAAAUUCUUUCAAUUCCAUUGUAUGAUAUUGUGCCAUUGUAUAUCUUAAAUGCCUCAUAAGCUUCUUCAAAGAAAUGGUCUGGUGCUUGGGUUAUGAGUGAAGUAUUUGUGUUUGUAGAUAGAAGGUCUUCUAUAAUUUACCCCUGAAGAACACAGUUUUUUGUUUUUCUUUUUUCCUUCCCCUGGUGCAAUGCACAGAGAUCUGCAGUGACAGAAUUUAGGAUGCUAAUAUUGAAACAGCGCCUUUAUUGUAGUUAAGCCAAGGUAUGUUUUCUAUAUUGCUGCACUGGUAAUGAAUAAUAGCUUGUGAGGACAAGAACGUUGACAAUUAUUUUUUUUUCCAAUUAAAAGGAUCCUUACAGGAAAAGAGACACUCUCUUAGCUAAUUUGACAAUCAGUCACGACUUUUUAAAGAAUAAAAUGUUACUCUUUUUAAUAAACUUACAUAAAAAAGAAUACAAAAUACUAUUUCUAAGAGGAGUGUUGAAGAGAAAGGAACACAGGCAUAUAUUUAAACAUAUAUCCAGUACUGCAUCUUGUCCGGGAGAUUAAGAUUUCAGAAGCGUGCUCUAGUCCAGACUCUGAGGUGUACCCAUCUGCAAAAACUGUGCUGGCAAUUGUGCAUUAAAACAUUAAAAGGAAUGAAAGAAAUAGGUCAAACUGGGAUCGAUAUAAAUGCAGAAGUUUCACGUGUGUCAUGGUUAACAUUGCAGUCAAUGGUGCAACUGAGUGCAAACACCUAGGAGCAGAUCUUUAGCAGAUGUAAGUUAUUGUAGCUCUGAUAGGGCUAUAGCCAUUUACACAAGCUAAAGAUCUUUUGUAUGACAGUAGGCAUAUGAAAUUCAUAUCCUUUUGCCUUAGUGAAAAAAAAAAAACGUGUUUGGUUUACCUAGUCUGUUAUUCCUAGUCUGUUAUUCCUGUGAACAACAGGAAAGUAAUCUGGUACCAAUCAUCGGUGCUUUACCUGAUGGUCAGUCAGUGCAAGGCUGCUCCGUUGCCAUCUGUAUGAGAAACUACUGACAGCAUGACCUUGUUCAGAAUUGUCAUCACCAAUAAAAUGACCAUGUAGUGAAGGUACGUGAGGUGGCAACAUGCUGAAUUCUUUCAUUCUCUGGAGGGGGAUCAAGCUCUG